AACAUUCGAGAUUACACGUGCGCGAGCAACUAACGUUAGCCGGAUUAGCGGAAUUUGUUACUGAACUCAGCCGUAACUCCCCCGGAGACCUGCCCUGGACAAACUGGUGGUAUAACUUAACAAAUCUCUUCUAUUUACACAAGGCCCCUCAAGAUUCCAUCAUGUACAGACUAUCCAGCGUCCUCCGACCCCUGACCUCCAGGGCCCUGACCCCAUCAGUAAACAGAGUUGUGUGCCCACAUCUUGCCAGGAGCUAUGCCAAGGAUAUCAAGUUUGGUGCAGAGGCCAGGGGUAUGAUGCUUCAGGGCGUGGACCUCCUUGCAGAUGCUGUAGCAGUCACAAUGGGCCCCAAAGGACGUAAUGUAAUUAUAGAGCAAAGCUGGGGUGGUCCUAAAAUCACAAAAGACGGUGUCACAGUCGCCAAAGCCAUUGAACUCAAAGACAGAUGGCAGAACAUUGGCGCUAAACUUGUCCAGGACGUUGCAAAUAACACGAACGAGGAAGCCGGGGAUGGAACCACGACGGCAACAGUGUUGGCGCGAGCCAUCGCCAAGGAGGGUUUUGAUAACAUCAGCAGGGGAGCCAACCCUACAGAAAUCAGGAAGGGCAUUAUGAACGCUGUUGAUGUUGUGGUUAAGGAGUUACAGAGACAGUCCAAACCAGUCACAACACCAGAAGAAAUUGCACAGGUUGCUACCAUCUCGGCUAACGGAGAUGCAGGCAUCGGUGAACUCAUCUCAAGGGCAAUGAAGAAGGUCGGACGGCAUGGUGUUAUCACUGUCAAGGAUGGCAAGACGUUGAAUGAUGAGCUCGAGGUCAUUGAGGGUCUCAAGUUUGACAGAGGAUACAUCUCGCCGUAUUUCAUCAACUCGGCUAAAGGUCAAAAGGUUGAAUUCCAAGAUGCUCUCCUGUUGCUAUGUGAGAAGAAGAUCUCAACCAUCCAAGCCAUCGUCCCAGCCUUGGAGCUUGCCAACGCUCAGAGGAAACCCCUCGUCAUCAUCGCUGAGGACAUCGAUGGGGAAGCUCUAAGCACGUUGGUUCUUAAUAGGUUAAAGGUUGGUCUUCAGGUAGCAGCAGUCAAGGCUCCAGGGUUUGGUGAUAACAGGAAGAACCAGCUUCAUGAUAUGGCCAUCUCUACAGGAGGAAUUGUAUUUGGUGAUGAAGCUAUGGACGUUAAGAUUGAAGAUGUUCAGGUCCAGGAUCUAGGUCAGGUCGGUGAGAUUGCCAUCACCAAGGACGAUACACUCAUUCUCAAGGGUAAGGGCAGGCAAGAGGAUAUUGAUAGGAGAGUGGCUGAAAUCGCUGAACAGAUUGAGAACACAAACUCAGAGUAUGAGAAGGAGAAGCUGAAUGAACGGCUUGCCAAGCUUUCCGAUGGUGUAGCAGUACUAAAGGUUGGUGGUUCAAGUGAUGUUGAAGUAAACGAGAAGAAGGAUCGUGUGAACGAUGCCCUGAAUGCCACCAGGGCUGCCGUUGAGGAAGGUAUCGUGCUUGGUGGUGGUACAGCCCUCAUCAGGUGUCUGCCAUCAUUAGAAAACAUCCCUGCCGAAAAUGCUGAUCAGAAGAUCGGUGUUGAGAUUGUAAGGAGAGCGCUUCGCAUCCCAACCCAGACCAUCGCCAACAACGCCGGUGUAGAGGGCGCCCUCAUUGUUGAGAAGGUGAUAGAUGCGUCAGAAGGGAUUGGUUAUAAUGCAAUGGAAGGAGAGUUUGUUGACAUGGUCCAGGCUGGUAUUAUUGAUCCCACAAAGGUUGUAAGGACAGCACUCCUGGAUGCAUCGGGUGUGGCCUCCCUCCUGACGACAGCCGAGACCGUCAUCACCGAGAUUCCUAAAGAGAAGGAAGAGAUGCCCGGCGGUGGUAUGGGAGGCAUGGGCGGUAUGGGAGGUAUGGGUGGUAUGGGGGGCAUGAUGUGAGGCUAGUUGCACCCCGAUCAGGGGAAACUAGAUAAGGGUGAUUAUUUUAUAUAUAAAGAGAUAACUAUUUGAAUGUGUAACAACGUGAAUGGAAAUGUACAUGAUUGUGAUUCCAGAGAUUUGAGAAGACGUGACCAGCCAUGCACCGACGAUCAUUACGAGGGAGGAAUCCUACAAGGGGGUGUUGCAAGAAACCUAAAACUGAUCGCAAGACAGUAGCAGUCCCAAGGAUCCCAACAGCAAUCAGAAGCCUUGCUAUUAUUUUCCUUCUUUGCAAGUGAUGGCUGGGCCUACUUUUUCUUUAAAAAAUCUUAAUUGACUUUCUGUCUUUGAAAAUUAUCUAUUAAAUGCUUAUUUGUGGUCGGUAUUUGCAAUCGAUAAAGAUAUCUUUCUUGCAACACCUCCUUAAGAGUAUGAAGUCAGUGAUAUAAAUGUUCCUCAAACCUGUUACAAAUCUUGUACUAGAUCAGGACACUUGCCUAUCUCUGCGAUCAUGACUGGCUGUUAUGGUAGAAAACCGCUGUUUGGUUUUCAGCGGCGUUCUGUGAAUAAACCAGUUCAAAGGUCUUUGAAAUAUUGAAAGGACUGCCCCUCAGCACAAGUGUACGGCAUUAAAUGUGCAAAUAUAUCCUGACUUUCUUAUUGUAGGAUAGAAUGGAGUGAUUAUAAAGCUAGGCAUUUUCUGACCAAAUGGUGACACACGAUGGAUUGUUUAUGUUCCUCUACAUUGUACAUUAUUAAUAGCUGCAUGUGUAUACAUCUGAUUAAAUGUAUUAUUUCCAAUGAAAGUGAAGCAUGUUUGUGGGCAAGGGAAGGAUUUGGUUUGGGACCUUUUGGAGCACUGUUUGUUGAAUAAUCAUAUAAAAUUAAGUGGGAUGUCAGGUCCAUACUUUGAUUUGUUUUUUAUUAAAUGGUUUCAAUUCUUGCUUAUGUAUGAGAUAAUUUUUUAGUACUUCUUUCUUAUUUUCAUUUCUUUCUAAGAACUUUUACAUAUGUUUUUUAUUUUCAGUCUGUUGACCAAUCAUGAUAACUUGAAGUAUGUGUAUUUUCGAAGGAGCAGAUAUGAAAUAUUACAGUGUAUGUAUUUUGAUACACGUUGAAAGUGGCUACAGGGAUAUUAAAAUUUGAACCACAUUUCACCACAUUUCAUUUUUUUAAAUGAAAGAAAGUCACAAGACUAUUGACUCUGAGACAAAAUAAGUUGUGGAGUAAUUAUACUUGAAAUUGCUUAUGUAUGGCAUUGAAAUAUAGAUCGUUUUGUCAUGUUUCUGUCUGAAUGUACCCAAUUUAUAAAUAUGUGAUUAUCAGGUGCGGUACUUCUUUGAAGAAAAUAAUUUGAGAAACUUCCUAUGUAUUGCUACUGCAAAUAUGAAUGUUUGUAUUCCAUCAUUGUGGAGUAAUUUCUUGAAAUAAAAAAGAAAAAUAUUCCCAUUA